CUUUGCUAGCUGCAGACGGGAGACGCGCUGCUCCGAAGCCCUAUUCCCUCCCACACACAGUUCUCUAAGAGGACAGAUCGUUUUUGGUCUCUUCUGGCCCCACCAGCUCCUCUGGACUGAAGCGAGGUCUCCCUCUCCUGGACACCGGAGAGAUUGCAUAUGCGUUCUUGGGCUGGGGUUCAGACAGAGCGAGCAAGCAGCCCUGGGCAUUUCCCCAUCACACCUUCAAAGCUGGCCGUGGCCAGAACAAGAAGGGGUGGAGGGAUCAUGGCAUUAAAUCUCCUGGAAUUUAUGUUAGAUCAAGAGAGAUAACUUUCCCAUGUGCAUACACAGACCGUGAGGCUCUUACCCAGUUCCCCCCAGAAGACCCCUAAGACUUCACAGACUACUUACUUCUGCCUGCUCUUUGGGAUGCUUCUUCUUAACGCUGCUGAAUGGCAUUGUUUUCAGCUUGAUUGCCAUAACCAAUCUCUGAGAGAGAGGUUAGGGGCCCAAGGGGCUGCCUGUGGUUUUGUGCCCACCGAGAUUGUCUUCUGCUUCUCACCGUCUUUACAACGUGGCAGGUCUGCUUUUCUUUCUGCAGUCUCCGUCAUCCUUCCCUGAGACACCAUGUUCAACUCCAUGACUCCACCACAAGUCAAUACCUAUGGUGAGCCCUGCUGUCUCCGACCCCUCCCCAGCCAAGGGGUCCCCAGCAUGGGUACGGAAGGUGAGUGUGUUUACCAGUCCCUGAGCCUUGAGGACUCGGCAGAUCUCUCACCUAGUUCCAGGAUCCCCCCCAACCUGCCCCACGCUACUUUGCUACCUACAGGACAAUUUCGAGACCCCAUACUUGGAGUCUGGGAUCAUAGCUUACGUGGGGUCUCAAGGUACGCCCCGUAUCGCCGCCCCAUCCAAAUGCCCCACUCCACCUGUCUCUCUUUUCCAGGAUGUUCUGGCUUACCCUUUUGCCACCAAGCCAACUUUAUGUCAGGGCCCCAGGGCUAUGGGUCUGCCAGAGAGACCAGCGGCUGUACGGAGGGGCCGCUUUUUCCUCCUCCCCGGAGUUCGGUGAGGUUGACAAAGAAGCGGGCGCUCUCCAUCUCCCCUCUGUCCGACGCCAGCCUGGAUCUACAAACAGUUAUCCGUACCUCACCCAGCUCCCUCGUGGCCUUCAUCAACUCACGUUGCACAUCUCCAGGAGGCUCCUACGGCCAUCUCUCCAUUGGCACCAUGAGUCCAUCUCUAGGAUUCCCAUCCCAGAUGAGUCACCAAAAAGGGACUUCGCCGUCCUAUGGAGUCCAGCCCUGUGUUCCACAUGACUCUUCUCGGGGUGCAAUGAUGCUGCACCCUCAGUCCCGGGGACCACGUCCGACCUGCCAGCUGAAGUCAGAGCUGGACAUGCUGGUGGGCAAAUGCCCAGAGGAGCCUUUGGAAGGUGACGUGUCUAGCCCCAACUCAACAGGCACACAGGAGCCCCUGCUGGGGAUGCUGGAUGGGCGGGAGGACCUGGAAGAGAAACCUGAGCCUGAGUCUGUUUAUGAGACUGACUGCCGCUGGGAUGGCUGCAGCCAGGAGUUCGAUUCCCAGGAGCAGCUGGUGCACCAUAUCAACAGCGAGCACAUCCACGGGGAGCGGAAGGAGUUUGUGUGCCACUGGGGAGGCUGCUCCAGGGAGCUGAGGCCCUUCAAAGCCCAGUACAUGCUGGUGGUGCACAUGCGCAGACACACGGGCGAGAAGCCGCACAAGUGCACGUUUGAAGGCUGUAGGAAGUCAUACUCCCGCCUUGAGAACCUGAAGACGCACCUGCGGUCGCACACGGGGGAGAAGCCUUACAUGUGUGAACACGAAGGCUGCAGCAAGGCCUUCAGCAACGCCAGUGACCGUGCCAAGCACCAGAAUCGGACGCACUCCAAUGAGAAGCCGUACGUGUGUAAGCUCCCCGGCUGUACCAAGCGCUAUACCGAUCCCAGCUCACUCCGCAAACACGUCAAGACAGUGCACGGUCCUGACGCCCAUGUGACCAAGCGGCACCGAGGCGACGGCCCCUUGCCACGGGCACCGUCCCUGUCCACGGUGGAGCCCAAGAGAGAAAGGGAAGGGGGAUCCAUCAGGGAAGAGAGCAGAUUGACUGUGCCCGAGGGUGCCAUGAAACCACAGCAGAGCCCUGGGGCACAGUCUUCCUGCAGCAGUGACCACUCCCCAGCAGGCAGCGCGGCCAAUACUGACAGCGGGGUCGAAAUGACCGGCAACGCAGGGGGCAGCACUGAGGACCUGUCCAGCUUGGAUGAAGGCCCCUGUGUUGCUGGCACUGGAAUUUCUACUCUUCACCGCCUGGAGAACCUCAGGCUGGACCAGCUGCAUCAGCUCCGGCCAGUAGGAUCCCGUGGUCUUAAACUGCCCAGCUUAACCCAUGCUGGCACACCCGUGUCCCGCCGGCUGGGCCCCCCAGGCUCCCUUGACCACCGCAGCCCCAGCUCCAGCAGUAUCAGUUCAGCUUACACAGUCAGCCGCCGCUCCUCCCUGGCCUCCCCUUUCCCUCCUGGAUCCCCACCGGACAACGGGGUGUCCACCCUACCUGGCCUCACACCUGCCCAGCACUACAUGCUCCGCGCGAGAUAUGCGUCAGCCAGGGGGCGUGGUACCCCACCCACGGCAGCCCACGGCCUGGAUCGGAUGGGGGCUCUUCCUGUACCUCCUUGGAGAAGCCGAGCUGAGUAUCCAGGAUACAACCCCAACGCAGGGGUCACCCGGAGGGCCAGUGACCCAGCCCGGACUGCCGACUACCCUGCUCCAGCCAGGGUCCAACGGUUUAAGAGCCUGGGAUGUGUCCACACGCCCCCUGGUGUGGCGCCCGGACGGGGCUUCGAUCCCCACCUCCCUACCUCUGUCUAUUCACCACAGCCCCCGAGCAUCACUGAAAAUGUUGCUAUGGAUACCAGAGGCCUACAGGAGGAGCCAGAAGUUGGAACUUCCGUGAUGGGCAAUGGUCUGAACCCAUACGUGGACCUUUCAUCUGCUGAUAGUCUGGGAUACGGGGGACCUGAGGGAAUGGCGGCUGAGCUUUAUGGAGCUAGGGGUCCAGGCUCCCUGCCUCUUGGGACUGGUUCACUGACCAACUAUGGCCCUAGCCACUGUGCCCAGCAGGGCUCCUAUCCUGACCCCACCCCGGAAACAUGGAGUGAGUUUCCUUCCCAUUCUGGGAUGUAUCCGGGCACUAAGGCUCCAAGUGGAGCCUAUAGCCAGUGCCCUAGACUUGAACAUUAUGGACAAGUGCAGGUAAAACCAGAACAAGGGUGCCCCGUGGGGUCCAACUCCACCGGACUGGCACCCUGCCUCAAUGCCCACCCCAGUGAGGGGUCCCCAGGCCCACAACCUCCAUUUUCCCAUUAUCCCCAACCCCCUCCUUCCCAGUAUCCCCAGUCGGGUCCAUAUCCUCGGCCUCCCCAUGAUUAUCUUCCGUCAGAACACAGGCCUGGCCUCGAUUUCGACCCCCCCUCUCAUUCCACAGGGCAGCUCAAAGCUCAGCUCGUGUGUACUUACGUCCAGUCCCAGCAAGAGCUGCCGUGGGGGAGCAAGGGCCGGGGAGGGCUCCCCGACCAGGAACUUCCCUACCAGAGCUCCAAGUUUCUGGGCGGUUCCCAAGCUAACCAAAGCCCUGCCAAAGGGCCAGCAGCUACAUACGGAUCGGGCUUUGCACCUACUUUGGCCAAUCACAAGUCAGGCUCCUUUCCCGUCCAUUCGCCGUGCCAAGAGACUUUGGCAGUGGGGGCAAACCGGCCUUCCCAUAGGCCGGCAGCAGCACCACCCCGGCUUCUGCCCCCACUGCCCUCUUGCUAUGGACCCCUCAAGGUGGGGGGCACCAACCCUAGCUGUGGACACCCUGAAGUGGGCAGGUUGGGUGCAGGCCCUGCCUUGUACCCUCCCCCAGAAGGGCAGAUGUCCAACCCUCUGGACUCUCUUGACCUGGACAGCACUCAGCUGGACUUCGUGGCUAUUCUGGAUGAGGCCCAGGGGCUGAGUCCUCCUCCUUCCCAUGAGCAAGGGGACAGCUCUAAAAAUACCCCACCUCCCUCUGGACCUCUCAACAUGGCAGUGGGUAACAUGAGUGUCCUACUGGGGUCUCUGCCCGGAGAGACACAAUUCCUCAACUCUAGUGCCUAAAAGGAUAAGGAAUCCCAACCAGAUCAUGUUUCCUAGAUGGCUACACGAGGUGCCCAGGGACGGAAGGUUUGGGCUGGGGACUGUAUUUAGUCUAUGUAUGUUCCAGAAAAAACAAACCUUUAAUAAUGACAGUUUCCUGACAAUAAAGGAAUGCUGAGAACAA